CUGCAGAAUAGAUACUCCUACAGUAACCUGUUCUACAUCUGAUCCAAACAUGUCUGGGAUCCUUUCACCUACUUCCAGCAUCAUGGAGGAUGAAAAUCCAGGAGAUGGGAUUAUGCAGGAGCAAAUCCUGAACACUUUGGAUGAAUUAAACGAGGAAGAGUUUGAAAGAUAUAAGUGGUUCCUGCAGCGACCUGAGAACCUUUCUGGGCUUCCAACACUCAAGAAGAAAAACCUGGAAAAAGCAAAAACCUUUGAGAUUGUAGACUUGAUGGUGCAGACCUACAACCUUAGUAGGUGCCUGGAGGUGACCUGCCAGAUUCUAAAGAAAAUUAACAGGAACGACCUGUACCCAAGAUUACUCAAAUCUAAGAAGCCAGAGAUUAAAGUUGAUCAGAUAAUCUGCAACACUGGAGUGAAGAUUCAGGAGAUCAAAGAGUCGGUGAAGAUCAGUAAAAAUGCUGCAGACAGAGAGAAAGCAGAAGGUGUUGAGGUCUUCACUGCUCUGAAGGAGUCUGCUGAGAGAGGCCUGAAGGAGCUCAUCAAGGAGAUCGAAGACAAACAGAAAACUGAGGAGAAAAAGACUGAAGACUGGAUCAAAUAUCUGAAAUAUGAACUCAAUGAGCUAAUGAUAAAGAAAUCUCAAUUAAACCAGCUCUCCCAGUCUGAAGACCACCUCCUCCAAAGCUUCUCCUUCUUGAAAGCUGCUCCACCCAGCAAGAACUGGACAGAGGUCAGAAUCCGUCCACCAUCAUAUGAGGGGACUGUGGUGAGAGCUGUGGCUCAGCUGGAGGAGAAGGUCAGAGAGAAUAUGGAAAAAAUGAUGAAGGCUGAGAUGAAGAGGGUCCAGCAGUCUGCAGUGGAUCUGACUCUGGAUCCUGAUACAGCUCAACCUAAACUCAUCAUGUCUGUUGAUGGAAAGCAGGUGAAUGUUGGAGAGGUAGAGUAUCAUCUACCUGACAAUCCAAAGAGAUUUUCUGAGUCUCUGUCUGUUUUAGGAAGUCAGAGUUUCUCUUCAGGCAGAUUUUACUUUGAGGUUCAGGUUAAAGGAACGACUGGUUGGGUUUUAGGAGUGGCCAGUGAGUCCAUCGACAGGAAGGGAAUCAUCCCACUUUGUCCCAAAAAUGGUUACUGGACAAUCAGGUUGAAAAAACGAAAUAACUACAAAGCUUGUGCUGUUCCUCCAGUCCGUCUCCAUCUCCAUCCUGGUCCUGAGAAGGUGGGGGUGUUUGUGGAUUAUGAGGAGGGUCUGGUCUCCUUCUAUGAUGUAGAUGGUCUUAUCUACUCCUUUACUGGCUGGUGCCUUACUGACAAACUCUACCCAUUCUUCAGUCCCUAUGAUAAAGUCAGAGGUAAAAACUCUGCUCCUCUGAUCAUCUGUCCUGUUCGUCUGGCUGAAUGUUCCUCCUACAGUUCUGAUGAGGAUGAAUUGAAUCUGUUGGUGGAAAACCUCCAAACUUAGUGAGUCUGGAGGUGAAGUCCUGCUGGUGGAGAGGUGAGCUUGGAAACAUCAUCAGCAGGAAGUUAGCUGUUCAUUUGGACCUCAUGUCUGCUUGUAUGUUUUUUAAAAGGACUGAAGGUCUUUGGACUGGUCUCUUCUGAUCUGGUUUUGCUGUGCUUUGAUAAAUGCUGGUUUCAUCAAUGGAGACGAUUAUCUCCCUUUGAAGGCAACUAGCACAAACCAAAUGACGUUAUUGUUGUUGAAUUCAAACAUAAUUGUUUUCUUUUAAAAUGUAUAAAAAAUGUUUUAACAUCAAUUUUCGAGUGGUACCUUUUAUUGAUAUUAACCUUAUUAACAUAACCUUAUUUUGCUUUGUUUCUAACAACAAAUAAAGAUUGAAAGCUUGA